ACAGAAGGAUUAGAAGUUUUUCCAGGUUUUCCAACACUAAGAAUAGAGUCAGGUACAAAAUUGUUGCAAAGAAACCUAUUCCUAAAUCUAUUCCUAUGUCUACUCUUACAAAGAAAGCAACAGAUCCAACUUUAACAUCCACAAGCAAAGGGGUUCCAAUAGAUUCUAUUGAGAAGGCCAGAAGGAGAAAGGGAAAGGCUAAGCUUGCAGAGAAGAGAUAUAAAACAUUGCUACAAAGUAGGAAGUCAUACAAGGGGAAGUACUUGACCCCUAAAAAAAGGAAGAAGGGAGAUCUAGUACGUCCAUCCCAAUCAGUUCCAGUUCAUAAUGAUGAUGAGGGCAUAUACAGUGAUAAUGAUGGAAGAGAUAGUGAAUAUGCACCAAGUGAUGAUGCUGGCAAGUUGAGGGACUUAUCAACAGAUUUUGAAGAUGACAUUUUUCUACUCCUAGGAUAGCAAAUAGAUCAACAAGAGUUAUAAAUGUCUACUUUAAUCCUGCUUGGGAGGUCCUUAUUUUUUAAGUUGGAAUGAGGUUUCAAAGUUCCAAACAAUUCCAGGAAGUAGUCAAACAUUAUUAUGAGGAAAUGAUGUCUUCUUAUACACAUCAGGGAUGAACCUAAAAGGUAGAGGUUUGUUUACAAGGUUGGUUUGUGCAGUUGGGAGAUUUAUACUUCAUUUGAGAAGAGGGACAACAAUUUCAAAGACAAGACUUAUUACCUUGAACACACUUGCUUCAUAAAUCUUGACAACAAGAUAAUGACUUGUGAAAUGGUGGGUGAGUACUUCAAAAGCAAAAUUUAUGCCAUUCCUUUCAUAAAAUGUAAAAACAUGAUGACAUUUGCUUAUAAUGAGCUUAAGGUAAAUGCUAACUUCAAGAAAUGUGAAAAGGGCAAAAAGAAUGGUUUUAAAGGAGAUGGAAGGAAAUUACAGAGAUGAGUAUACUAUGAUUAAUG